AUGGCCAGAAUACUAAGCAUCGUUAUGCUUUGCCUAGUUGCAAUGCUGCUGCUUCAUGUGGAGAGCCAUGCUGAGAUUGUUGUCUCUCCCAUGGAGGCUUCAGCACCGCAGCCCAUGUUUAAAACCUUCCAAUUUCAGAAUGGCACCACUGAAGGCAGUCUUCAACCAGAAGAAUGCGGUCCUCGUUGCGCAUACAGAUGCUCUAAUACAGGACACAAGAAGCCAUGCAUGUUCUUCUGCCAAAAGUGCUGUGAAAAAUGCUUGUGUGUGCCUCCUGGAACUUAUGGCAACAAGGAGGUCUGCCCCUGCUAUAAUAACUGGAAGACCAAAAGGGGAGGACCCAAAUGUCCCUGA